AUGGUGUUAUUUUUGGAUUCAAAAUCUUCGAUAAGCCAAGAGGACGAGAUACUAUCCAGCAAUGGUGACAUUUUUCCUAGGCUGGGCGGUACCCAUGUGGACUUGUCGUCUAAACGUCUGCGGCAACUUAAUGUGGCUGCCGUCGUCGUUGGAUCGCUGAGCCUGAUAGCAACGUUGACUGCCGUGGCAUUCUUCAUACAAAUGCGUCGCAGUUUUCGUCACGACCUGAUCCUUCUUUUGAUACUGAGCGGUCUCCUGGAGACGCUCGCCCUUGUCAUCCUCCCCGCCGUCGAACUCGCACAAGGCCGAAUUAAAUCCCACUCAGCCUUUUGCCAAGUCAGUGGAUUCUUACUAUCAGUAGGCAUCGAAGCCUGCGACUUGACGGUACUUUUGAUCGCUCUUCACACUGGCUUAUAUGUUUUCAGAGGACGGAGUGGACUAUAUCCAUAUAGGUUGCCAGCUUAUACCCUCGUUGCAACGGGGUCAUUAAUGCUUGCUUCCCUGGCAUUCGUCAAUGAGACGGGUUUCAUUAACUCAGGAGCGUAUUGCUAUUUGCCGGCGAGACCAGAGUGGACACUUACCGCACUGAGCUGGGCGCCACGAUACAUCGUUUGCGUGAUCAUCGUUCUUACCUAUACCUGUAUUAACAUCUACGGGAGGUGGAUCAUUACCAGAGUGGGCGAAGGCAGCAAACUUCGAAAAUCAGAUGAACCGUUCCUCAGCCUGCCACCACAACUGCGGCCCAGGCGAGGCUCGGUGCCACCAACGCCUCCAAUAACUUACCACGGACUCAUUCCCCCAACACCGCCCUGCGAUAUGGGCCGUUCGGAUUACGGCUGGGGCCAAAGUGGACGACACAACCAGGUGCCGCGCGCUGGGACUCGAAAGGGUUCACUCGCAACACUCGAAGAGGGACAGUCACUGUCGACGACAGUCGCAUUGCCUACGGCGCAAAUCGACUGGGAAGAUCGGCCACCUGUUCUGGACAACGAGCUCUUUCAGGGUAACUCACACCGCGGGCAUCAUAAGAUUGGGUCUAAAGACGAAGAUUGCUCACCCUCUCCGGUGAGCCGGCCGAGUACGGCACUUCACAAUGUUGGAUGUUGCUGCAUGCAAUGCACAGGGAGCCGCGUGCCCCAUGCUCAGUACCCAGUCAACAUAGAACUGGAACUUCAAGGGGACGUUUGUACAGCCGAGCCAGCUCAUAAUUUACUCAUGUCGCCAAGCACGGUGAACGAAACUCGACUACCGAGCUCACGGAAGAAGAGCAAUCGCCAGCUGAGACUACUUUUUAUAUAUCCCAUUGUUUAUAUCUUAGGGUGGAUCAUGCCGUUUGUGGCCCAUGUAUCCAAGGCAGAUCGGACGGGAAACCCGUCUGAGCUCGUCAUGUGUGGUCUUGUAAGCAUGUGCGCUCAAGGCAUGGCGGAUUCGUUAGUGUUUCUGAUCUUGGAGAAACCGUGGCGCCACCCUAGACACGAACGAUUAAAAUGCAUGUUCACUUUCCGAAGGUGUCCAACCAAGAAGAAUACCUCAACAAGAGUUGGCCGUACGAGAGAAGAAAUGGUUGUGGAUGGUAAGAUAGCGAGGAGAAGGAGGGAGCGGGAAGAGGUAGAGCGACGACUACGACAGCAACAGCAGCAACAACAACAGCUUAAGCAGAAGGGCGGCAAUGCGAAUAAACAAGAGUGGUGGGAUGUUAAGCUUGCCGGGAUAGACGAAACGGGGGGCGAAGAUAUAAAAACAUCGCACGAGUCAGCAGUGUAG